AUGAGAGAGAAGAUUGUAUUUGAUGAUUCAGAAAUAAAGCUCAGUUUUAGUGUGAGAGAAAGAUAUGAUUCGGAAACAAACACGUGUUUUAUCUCUCUGUGUAAUUCCGACGGAUCUGUUACCAGUCUGGACACGCCCAAUUGUCAUACAACCCCUCCUACUCAAAGAACCACUCGCAAUGGAUGCUAUCACAAUGGAAGACUCUACAAUGUCGGGGAAACCAUUUCCAAUGGACGUUCUGGUAACUGGUGUUUCGGGUCGUUUUGUGACGAGUCUGGUCACGUGAUUGAAUGGGAUAACUUUAACUGUGGUACAACGAUGACAACACCAUCUACCACAUCUUCUACCACAUCUACACCACCUACCACACCUACAACGACGGAAGGUAAUAGGUGUUUCUACGAUGGUAUUUACUAUCAAGCAGGUACAGUUAUUUCUAAAGGAGAGGAUAAAGAUGGUAACUGGUGUUAUGGUGCCGUUUGUUCUGAUUCCGGACAGGUUCUAUACUGGGACGAUUUCAACUGUUUUCCGACUACUGUAUCACCAACAACCAGAAAAAUAACACCACCACCGCCAACAGCGUUUGCCAGAAAGAGGCUUAUAUUAAAACUGUCUGAAUUAUUGAUGAAUAAAAUUUCGUCCUAAUCAUUUAAGAAUGUAUUUUGUAAAUAAACUCAUUGUUAUUUUACCAGUAGAAGAAUUGUCUCGUUUAUAUCGAAUACUGUUAAUGGUUUUGCUUUAAAGGACAUGCUCCAGGUAUAUAUCAAACGAGCAGCGCUAUGAGAAAACCAACAUAGUGCAUUUGCGACCACCAUGGAUCCAGACCAGCCUGCGCAAGAUCCAUGCUGUUCGCUUUCAAAGUCUAUUGCAAUUAGAGAAACCGUUAGCGAACAGCAUGGAUCCUGACCAGACUGCGCGGAUGCGCAGGGUGGUCUGGAUUCAUGCUGGUCGCAAAUGCACAACGUUGGUUUUCUCAUGGCGCGGCUCAAAUGUUAAAA